AUGUCCGCCUUAAAAAUCCCCAUCAUCGACCUUAGCGGCUACCUGAGAGACGAUCUCGAUGCAAAGAAAGCCUGCUCGAUUGAACUCCGAGAUGCGAUGGAAAAUGUUGGCUUCUUGCAGGUUGUAGGACAUUCCGUAAGCUCUGAUCUGCAAAAACGCUUCAUCGAGGCCGUGGCCGCUUUCUUCGCCCUUCCCAUGGAGGAAAAACAGAGAAUUGGCCAAGACAAGUCCUCCUGCAAUCGAGGUUAUGAACGCAUUGGAGUCGAGCGACUCGAAGAGGUCCUGGAUAACAGCACCUUGGAGAUGAAAGAGGGUUUCACGGUCCGCCCAGAAAGGCCGCUGGGGCGAUUCAUGGCAGGGCCGAACCAAUGGCCUGAUCCGAGUUUACCAGGCAUGGCCAACUUUCGACAGACCUACAUGGAAUAUUUUGAAUCCGUGCACCAGUUGAGCAAGAGCAUGUUCCGACUGAUAGCACUCAGCCUGGACCUUGACGAACAAUACUUUGAUGCGUUUGCCGCUGACCCAGAUGGCAUUCAACUUUGCCGUUCUCAUCACUACCCGGCUACUCCAAGCGAUGCAGUAGAUCGCGGUCGUGGGAUCGGAGCCCAUACCGACUUCGGUGCUCUUACGCUUCUCCUGCAAGACGACAUUGGUGGACUGGAAGUCCUUCACAAACCCACAGGGACAUGGCACCAUGUGACUCCGAUUGAAGGGGCAUAUGUCAUUAAUAUUGGUGACUUGAUGCAACGAUGGACCAAUGAUCGGUACCGAAGCACAAUGCACCGGGUCAUGUCUCCUACCUCGAACAAACCUCGCUAUUCCGUGGCCUUCUUCAACGAUGGUGCGCUGGACACCGUGGUCGAAGCGAUCCCAACAUGUAUCCCUGCGGGAGAAAAGCCGAAAUAUGGACCUCUUCUAGUAGAAGACCAUCUCAUCAAGAGGUAUACCCAGAGUUAUUCUUUGGGAGGAGCGAUCAUCAAGACGGGAGCGCCCACACUCCACGAAACCAUUCAGCCUCAGGCAAUUGUAGCAUAA